GCAGGCGCGAUCGUCUGCAUCUUUUCAGUCGAUCGUUUCAGGGCAGACGAAUGAGGAGGAAAAGAUCGGAAUUUCUACUCUCCUAAACGUUUUUUUUUUUCUAUAAAACAAUCAAAUACAUUUAAGCGUAGAAAACUGUCGUAAGUUGCGAAAGAAAAGCUAUCCGAAUGGUGUAUACUUAAAACAAUCGAACUGGCGACGUUCCGUGUGUGACAUCACAACUAGGGUUAACGUCGUCUUUUGUUCGGAAUUAAUUUUUUCAACACAGAAAACGGAAAGUAAGGAAGAGAGAGAGAGAGAGAAAAAAAAAAAUUCCAAAAGAACAGAAUCAUACUUAAUGUGCACUAGGUACUAAGUAUGGAGUGUAGUCUGCCCCCUACUUAUAACACAGAAUCGACAGCCUCAGCAAUAAAAACGAUGCAAGCGGAUCACAUUCCCUCCAAAUCUGUACUUCACGUGAACUUCGACACGGACCCUGAAGACGUGCACGAGAGAAAGAAAAAAUACUUAACCGCCAAGUAUGGACAGCACCAGAUGAGCUUAAUAAGAAAGAGACUUCGCGUCGAAAUGUGGAUGUACGAACAGCUUCAGCUGCUCUAUGGAUGCAGGGAUGAUGCACAAACAUAUGAUGUAGAAAUAGAUCUAGACGAAUUAUUGGAUCUGGAGGGUGACUCUCAAAGAAGAGAUUGGUUACGAACUAAAUUAGAAGGUGCCAAGCAACCAGCCGAAGUUAUUGAGAAAUUCAUUGCUGAAUUAUUACAAAGAGCCAAGACUCUGUGAAUGAAGAAAUUUGGAAAACUACCCAAUCGAUCCAAGUCGACAGCAGCAUAAAGCCAUUUCUGUUUUUAGUUCUCGUUCAGGGAUGCACUGUAUAUGUUCAUGUAUUUCACAUAUCAUUUUGCAUGUUUGUAAGUGAAAUUCUCAUAGGUUUAAACAAAAAAAACCAACAAAUCAGAAUAUCUGAAAUAGGAAAUUUCCAUGCUAGAGUAGCAAUAUUUCUACCUAGUCGUUUUUAUUGAAAAAAAGAAAAAAAAAUCCCCCCAAAAAAUAUUUGAGGCCAAAAUUUGGUAUUGUGUUAAUAAUCAUUAGAUGUAUAAUGGUUUGGGUAUGUAUUCUGAAUUUGUUAGAUUCGUUAAUUUAGAACAUCCGGUGAUUCGAAAAGUUUUGUUUAUUGGCGCGCUUGUCAGUAAGCAGAACUUAGAAUGAAGAUCUUCAUAAAGGCUUUUAAGUAUUGUUUUUAAACUUUUCAUACUUUAAAGAUUGAUUCGGUACACAUUUUCCCCCACUUUUGUGCCAUUUUGAACAUGCUCUGAAACUGGCAAUUGCACGAAUUAAAUUUAAAACAAUUUAGUGAUGUUUGUAAAAUUUUAGUGCAUAACUGACUUAUUAAAAUAUUCACAUGAUAGAUUAUAGAAGAUAGCAAUUGCUUUAGUGCUGGUUUACUAGACAAUGAUUGCAAUAGAAUAUUGAUGUUGAAACAACUACGCACAGUACAGACAGUAUUUAUUGCAAUAUGUUCUCGUAAUCGAAUGCAAGUAGUUCUUGCCUUAGACGCCAAAUGCAAAUGACUUUUGUUUCUCUCCCACAAAAAAAAAAAAAAAAUAUUUAUUAAUAAAUUAACCGUUUUAGCUGCUAGCAGCGUGAAGUACAAUCGGAUUUGAUCAUGAGUAAAUUUACUAAACCGCUUCUGCCGUUUUAAAUUUUUAUACUUUAGAUACUCAAGCAUGUUAUCGAAAGCUAUUCUUUCUGUUCCACCUUAAAUUUUUUUUUAUAUCAAAUACGAAAUGAGGCAAAGAAUAUAAAAACCCACUGCCAAAUUUUCAAAGUUCUAAAUAUAAAUACUUUGUAAUGGGUUAACGAGUACAUUUUUAAUAUUUCCAACGAGGAAAAAAAAAAGCUUUUGAUAUGUGUUAAAUAUAUUUCUAUUUCUUUUUAAAAAUUAUUUUAAAAAUAUAAAUAAAUUUUUGCAAGCAAAUGUCAAAAUAUUUUUUGCAGUUUUUAUUAUAAUUUACAAAACUACCUUUUUCUAAUGUAAUAAUUAAAAAUUGAUAAUUGUAUCUUAACCCAUCUGCUUACCGUGCUAAGUUCAAAACUUUUAAAAAAAGUCAUCACACCUUCAUUUUGCCAAUUUAUCUUAUGUUUAUCUGCCAGAAAGAAACUCGAAACAAUGCAUGACUGUAUAUACAUAUAUAUUUUUUAAUUUCCACCUAAACCACAAGCACCUCUAAACGUCCGAAGAGACGAGACCAGAAAUUGCAGAACGGAUGGGUAAGCGAAUGGGUUAACAUAACAGAAAUCAAAACGUUUUUUAGUAAUUCUAGCAUGUAAAAAAAAAAUAUAUAUAUAUAAUCAUGUUUUUAUGGGUGCAGAAAAUUGUUGAUCAGAUCUGAAAAUGAAACUUUUAGCACAAUAAAUAAAAAUAAAACU